CCAGUAGGACGCCAAGCGUCAUGGAAGGAAUACUAAACUCAGUCGCAACGGCUGUUCUAGUAGGAAUUGUUUUGAUACUCUUACUAUGCUGGUACACAUCGCGAAAUCAUCAGUACUGGAAAGAAAGAAAUAUUCCUUUUGUAAAGCCAAUUCCCAUCUUUGGAACAUUAUUAGAUUCGUUUCUCAAGACAUUCCAUGAAACAGAAAUUGAAAGAUACAAGAAAUAUGGACCGAUUUACGGGCAUUAUGAAGGCCCUCGUCCAGUUCUAUCUAUAGCUGAUCCAGCAUUGAUAAAGAAGAUACUGCUGAAAGAUUUUUUCACAUUUUCUACCCGUCGAAAAAUGGAAAUAGGGGAACCUAUGUUGGACAAAAAUUUGUCAGCGUUACAAGGAGAAGAUUGGAAAAGGGUUCGGUCUAUCAUGACUCCUACUUUCAGCACCGGAAAAUUAAAAAGGAUGCUUGGCAUAUUUAAAGAUUGCUCUAAAACAUGUGUUGACAACUUCAUGCAAUACGCAAAAACAGGCGAAUCAGUUGAUCUGAAAAAAAUUUAUGGAGCUUUUACUAUGGAUAUUAUUGCUAGUUCUGCCUUUUCUACAAAACUGGACUCUUACAGUGAUCCGAAUAACAAAUUCGUUACAGCAGCAAGAGCAAUAUUGAAACAGCAGCUUAGUUGGAGACUUGUGGUUUUCUUUUUGUUCCCAAAAAUUCAAAGAUUUUUCAAAAUAAGCAUUGUUCCUCCAAAACGCAUUUAUUUCUUCACAGAUGUCAUCGAACAAAUCAUAGAAGAGCGCAAAAAGACGGGAAAGGUGAGAAACGAUUUUCUUCAAUUAAUGAUGGAUACAGUAAAAGAUGUUGGGGAUGAAAAGUCUCAAACUGUUCAUGAAAAGGAAGAUCUGACAGAAAACUACGGAAAAGAAGAGGACCAUGAGCAAGUAUUGAAAACCUUCGGUGACAAAAAAUUAUCCAGCGUUGAGCUGGUUGCGCAAAGUAUUCUUUUCCUCCUUGCUGGAUACGAUACCACAGCAUCUACAUUGUCAUUCGCUUCUUAUCUAUUAGCAAUCAAUCCAGAUGUCCAAGACAAGUUGUUUUCUGAGAUCAGUGAUACCUUAAGUUCUACCAGUGGAGAAUUGAAUUACGAAGCCCUGCAAAGUAUGAAGUAUCUUGAUUGUGUCAUCUCGGAAACUCUACGUUUAUAUCCUCCAGCCACUAGACUGGAAAGAACCGCAGAUGAAGAUUAUGAGCUGGGCGCUAUGGGAAUAACAAUACCGAAAGGUAUGCUGGUAACCAUUCCAUCAGUUGCUUUGCAUAAAGAUCCGAAAUAUUUUCCAGAUCCAGAAAAAUUCAAUCCUGAUCGUUUUAGUCCCAAAGAACGAGGAAAGAGAGAUAUUUAUGUGUAUAUGCCAUUCGGAUCUGGUCCGAGGAAUUGUGUCGGCAUGAGGUUUGCUCUACUGGAGGUCAAGGUUUGUCUUGCGUUCAUUGUGAGCUACUUCAGAAUCAAGAAGUGCCCUGAAACUAAGGUUCCGUUGGAAUUUUUUCCUGGGCAGCAACUUUUACAACCUAAAAGCAUUAAAGUUAAAAUGGAGUUCAGAGAAGACAGCAUCAAAAUUUCUACAGUAUUUUUAUUGUACUGGCUUUCAACUAGAAACCACCAAUACUGGAAGAAAAGAAACAUUCCUUAUGUGAAACCAAUUCCCCUAUUUGGAUGUGUUUUAGACACUUUCAGAAAGUCACUCCAUAUUAUUGAAGUAGAAAGGUAUAAAAAGUAUGGAGCAGUAUACGGGCACUAUGAAGGUACAUAUCCAGUUAUUUCUAUAGCGGAUCCAACGUUGCUUAAGAAGAUUUUUGUGAAGGAUUUUCAUGCUUUUACCUGUCGAAGAACUUUUGAGACUGGAGAACCAGUUAUGGACAAAAAUGUGUCAAUAGUAAAAGGCGAAGAUUGGAAACGAAUUCGUUCAAUCAUUACUCCAACGUUCACCACAGGAAGAUUGAAGAGGAUGAUGAGCAUUUUUAAAGAAUGCUCCCAAGUGUGUGUGAAUAAUUUUAUGAAGUACGCAGAAUCCGGUGAGCCUAUAAACUUAAAAACAUAUUUUGAAGCUUUCACGAUGGACGUCAUUGCGAGUUCUGCAUUUUCUACAAAAAUUGACUCGAUUAAUGAUCCAAAAAACAAGUUUGUAGCGGCAGGAAGAGAUUUAUUCAAGAACGUAUUCAGCUGGAGAUUCAUAGCUUACAUUAUGUUUCCUAAGAUUCAUCAAUUUCUUGGUAUAAGUGCUUUUAGUUUGACCCAAGUGCAUUUUUUUAGAGAUAUGACUCUUCAAAUAAUAGAAGAACGUAAUAGGACUGGAAAGGUUCGGAAUGAUUUCCUUCAAUUACUUCUGGAUACUGCGAAAGAAGUACAAGAUCAGGAAAGUCAAGAAACUUCUGAUGAUUUAACUGCAAAUUAUGGAAAAGGCGAGUUUAAUGAAAAUGUAUUAAAGACAUCAAACAAAAAAGAACUUUCAAAUAUUGAAGUUGUAGCUCAAUGUGUGGCUUUCUUCGUUGCUGGAUUCGAUGCCACAGCGUCCACUCUUUCAUUUGCAUUCUAUCUUUUGGCUCUCAAUCCAGACAUCCAGGAAAAGUUGAUUGCUGAAAUAGAUGAAGUUUUAAAAUGUGAAGGUGGAAAACUAAAUUACGAAGCUAUUCAAAGUAUGAAAUAUUUGGACAAUGUGAUCUCAGAGACUUUACGAUUAUAUCCACCUGCUGUGAGAAUAGAAAGGGUAGCGGAUGAAGAUUAUGAUCUAGGAUACAAAGGAAUAAAGAUUCCAAAAGGCAUGCUGGUGUCUAUUCCAGUCUUUGCGAUCCACAAUGAUCCGAAUCAUUACCCAGAUCCAGAGAAGUUCGACCCGAAUCGCUUUUCUCCAGAAGAGCGAGCUAAAAGAGACCAAUUAAUUUACAUGCCAUUCGGAUUUGGACCACGGAACUGUAUUGGCAUGAGGUUUGUUCUAAUGCAGAUCAAAGUUUGCCUUGCGUUCUUGCUCAGUAAUUUCCGAUUCAAAAGGUGUGCCCAGACAAGAGUUCCUAUGGAAUUUCUUGCCUCACAGUUUAUGUUGCAGCCUAAGGACAUUAUGUUAAAGUUGGAAAUUAGAAAAGAUGGCAUCAAAUCUAGUUAAAAUGUUCAGCUGCAAUUUCGAGGUUACGCGUGCUUGUGUAUAUGUUAUAGGUCUUCAAUCAUUGAGCUAAUCACAACCGAAAAAAGAGCUUACAAAUGUCUGUACAUUAUGCUACGGCAUACGCAUAAAGCUUUAAAUUCAACUAGUGGUACCCGCACGGCUUUGCCCGUAAUAGAAGAUUAAAAAGCCAUUUGGUUCUUUUUAUAUUUACAAAUAAUGGCUGAUGAAUUUCUCUCCAAUUAUCUAUGUUCAUUUGCUUGCCCAUGUUACGGUUCCACGUUAUGAUAAUUUGGUAAUUUACUAUUCCACGUUGUGGUAAUUUGCUCGGUAAAAUGUUCUUGAAAUUGGAAUAGAAAAAGAACAAAAUUGAAUUUUCGAAAAAUCGCUUCGAGGUGCACACCCCCCAUGCUGCAAACUAACUUGUGCCAAAUUUUAUUAAAAUCGGCCAAACAGUCUAGGCGCUAUGCGCGUCACAGUGAUCCAGAUAUGCAGACAGACAGAGAGACUUACAGCUUUAUUAUUAGUAAAGAAGGCAUUUUUUGAUGUAGUAUGAAAUAAUUGUUUCGCAGUAUAGUUUUUCAUUAAAAAGUAGAUAAAUAAAUUUUCUUUAAAAAUUAUAAGGUACGGCAUUGUUCCUUGGGGCCUUAUUGAAACAUGUUUUUACCUUUACUUGGGUAAAUGUUAUGUAAAAAUGUAAGUAAAAUCUCAUUGCUUACCAUUUGAGGAAUCUAUAAGCACUUCAAAACAACAAAUAUGCUGUCUAAAGUCUUGAUGACAAGAUUUGCUAAUACUGGAGCCUGAUGGUUGUAAAGAAUUUCUAUUGGUAGUGAUCGAAUUUAGAGGAGGGAGCAAAUAAUAGCCUGGGGAAUUUAAAAACAUGAUAUGGGGUUACUUGUGAAUGGGGACAGUAAUGGGAUAGGAUUUAAUAUUAGUUGGUAAUUUCUUCAUGUCCUUGAAAUGUCCAGUACGUAGCCUAGCUAUUGUGGAAGAGAAGAAGGGCGGAUUAAGGGAGGGUCAAAGGGUCUGCUGACCCCCCCCCCCCCUGUGAGAAGAAUUUCAUUUUGAUUAUUAUUAAACUUCAAUUAUUUAGAUCCGAAAAAAUAAUACAUGGAAUCAAUAUCAACAUUUUUUUUGCUCGGUUCUGUAAGGAAGUUAUUUUUAGUGCGUCAUAAUUCAAAGAAUUGACUGUAUUUGUCUACUGGGGUAUUGCUAUUUUGAUUUCUUUGUUCAUUUUCAAAAGCACAAAUUUUACUAAUGAGCAUAACUUUUUUCCCAGGUUCUUUUUUUCCAGUUCUCCUCCCCCUCAAACCACAUGUUGUGCGUGUCAUGUGUGCUUUUUCCUACUAGUUAUAGAUGUAAUCUCACAUAAUCAAAGCUUACGGUAACAUGACCAGCAUAUCUGCUGAAAGAAAUGUGACUUUUGAUGAAAAUUUGAGGGAAUAUGAUCCAUGGCUCAGGCUGUGGCAUUGAAAAGUUGGGGGAGGGGAGGUAAUUUGAAUGGGUUUUGACAUGGGGGGAGGUAUUCCGUAGCAUAUGAGGCGGUACGUUCUCAUGCAUGGAAUGAUGGGCAACCCUGAUUAACUGCUACUUUUUUACGUAGGAUGAUUAACGAUUUUCAUUGAAACUUGACCCCCCUUACAAAAAUUUCUGGAUCUGCCCCUGAAAGAGAGGUUUCUUGAGCAGUGAAGAUCGGGGACUGCUGCCUUGUUGCAAAUCCUUCGCUUGGCAACAGUAUUCACGUCUGUGAUGGUGGCUGUUAGAGGUUGUUCUUGGUUAUGUACUUCCUUUGAGGUCUACACACUCAUUUCUCUCAAUUCCGACAUAAGCUGGGGAUCCACUGAAGAAUUCAAAGUAUCGAUCGAUAAUAAAUCUUAUGAACAUUGAAUAUAAAACAUGGUAUAAAACACAGAUACACGUUACAUAGCUUCGGGGAUAGUCCAUAUGGUUAUGACUUGGGCUCUGAAAUUCACCGGGAACUAGAGCAAUUGCGUCUGACGCGCUGAAGGUCUUGUUGCUGAGUGUGAAUACAAUGUACGCAUUCUUUCUUCUUCAUCUAUUUCAUAUGUGGCUUUAUUUCUUAAAAUAAUUUUUGGGAUUUUAAUAAGGUAAUGAGGACAUCCUAAUGUGUAACUACAUAUUAGUUCAAAAGUACAUUGAAAAAAUAAAAAAAGAAACAAGACCUGUGUAAAAUGUGUUUGAGAUUAGUUGUUCUGAUUAACUAACAAUAUUAUUAAAAAGAACACAAUUGAAGGUCCAGUACGUAUCAUAAGUUUUAAAUUGAUAAAUUUGGAUCAAGCACAUAAAAAAUGUAUCUUUUUUUAUUUAUACAUCCAAUAAAUCUCAUUUUAAGUUGCUAGUUUCCACAUGACUAGGUGUUGGUGGCAAAGGGAACAAAAAACUUACCUGUCAAUUAUAUCAGGUAAGUUUUAUUAGUCGUCAAUUUAUAGCAGGACAAAGCUGUGCGGUGUAACUUUUUCCUCAUUCAAAAUAUUGUAUUUCAAAUCGUUGUAUUGUAUUUAAACGCUGAAAUAAAUGUAUUUUGUUCUA